AAGAGAAGAAGCCUCUCUCACCUGUAGAACCCCAGAAAAAACCACCACUCCUUUUCGGUCUUUCCCUUUCUCUCUGCUUCAUCCAUGGAGGUUCUGAGACUUUCCUCUGCUUACAUUUUCUUCCUCCUUUUGACUACAGGCUUGUCUUUUGGGGUUCUGGCUUCUUAUUCACCGGAUGUUGAGCUUCUCUUGGGGAAGAUCAAAGCCCCCCUGCAAGGUAACACUGAGAACUUGCUAUUGUCUUCAUGGAAUUCCUCUCUUCCUCUUUGCCAAUGGAGAGGCCUCAAAUGGGUUUUCUCCAAUGGGGCUUCUCUUUCUUGUAGUGACAUUUCUUCCCCACAAUGGACUAAUCUUUCUCUGGCCAAAGAUCCAUCUUUGCACCUUCUUUCUCUUCAGCUUCCCUCUGCUAAUCUUAGUGGUUCACUCCCUAGAGAGCUGGGUGAGUUCUCUAUGCUCCAAAGUAUUUACCUUAGCAUCAACUCAAUGAGUGGGACCAUCCCUCUUGAGCUUGGUUACAGCUCUUCACUGUCUGACAUUGAUUUGGGUGAUAAUAUGUUGAGUGGGGUGGUACCCCCCUCGAUCUGGAAUUUGUGUGAUAGGCUUGUUUCUCUUCGUUUUCAUGGUAAUUCACUAUCUGGGUCUCUUCCAGAACCUGCAUUACCAAACUCUACAUGCAAAGAGCUGGAGCUUCUUGAUUUGGGUAACAACAAGUUUUCUGGGAAUUUCCCAGAAUUUGUGACUAGGUUUCAGGCACUUCAAGUGCUUGAUCUUUCGAAUAAUAUGUUUUCUGGUUCAAUUCCAGAGAGUUUAACCAGAUUAAACCUUGAAAAGUUGAACCUUUCACACAAUAAUUUCAGUGGAGUUGUGCCAGUUUUUAGUCAAGUAAAGUUUGGUGGUGACGUUUUUGAAGGGAACAACCCUGCCCUUUGUGGGCUGCCUUUAAAGAGUUGCGCUGGUGCUUCUCAUUUGAGCCCAGGUGCAGUUGCUGGCAUCGUGAUUGGCUUAAUGACUGGAGUGGUGGUUCUGGCUUCAUUACUGAUUGGAUAUGUUCAGAACAAAAAGAGAAAGAGAGGGGAUAGUGAAGAUGAGAUAGAGGAAGGAGAAGAAGAAGAUGAAAACGGUGUUGGUGUUGGCGUUGCUGGAGGCACUGGUGAGGGUAAGCUAAUUUUGUUUCAAGGUGGUGAGCAUCUCACAUUAGAGGAUGUUCUAAAUGCAACAGGUCAAGUUCUGGAAAAGACUAACUAUGGUACUGUGUACAAGGCAAAGCUUUCUGAUGGAGGAACCAUAGCAUUGAGACUAUUGAGGGAAGGCAGCUGCAAGGAUAGAAGCUCGUGUUUGCCGGUGAUAAAGCAGCUUGGAAGGAUUAGACAUGAGAAUUUGGUUCCCCUGAGAGCCUUCUAUCAGGGGAAGAGAGGAGAGAAGCUACUCAUUUAUGACUACCUUCCUAAUAGAAGCCUCUAUGACCUUUUACAUGAGACAAGGGCAGGAAAGCCAGUACUGAACUGGGCCCGUCGUCACAAGAUUGCCCUGGGUAUAGCCAGAGGAUUAGCAUAUCUUCACACAGGUCAUGAGAUACCCAUUACUCAUGGCAAUGUUAGAUCCAAAAAUGUGCUUGUGGAUGAAUUUUUUGUUGCAAGGCUCACAGAAUUUGGCCUGGACAAGUUAAUGGUCCCAGCAGUAGCUGAUGAAAUUGUAGCACUUGCAAAGACUGAUGGUUACAAGGCACCAGAACUUCAAAAGAUGAAGAAAUGUAACUCCAGAACAGAUGUUUAUGCAUUUGGGAUAUUGUUAUUGGAGAUUUUGAUAGGAAAGAAGCCAGGCAAAAAUGGUAGGAGUGGUGAUUUUGUGGAUUUGCCAUCAAUGGUGAAAGCUGCUGUUUUGGAAGAGACAACAAUGGAGGUUUUUGAUGUGGAGGUCUUGAAGGGGAUCAGAAGUCCUAUGGAAGACGGGUUGGUUCAGGCAUUGAAGCUUGCAAUGGGAUGCUGUGCUCCAGUGGCUUCGGUUAGACCUACAAUGGAUGAAGUUGUGAAGCAGUUGGAGGAGAACAGACCUAGGAAUAGAUCUGCUUUAUACAGUCCCACUGAAACAAGGAGUGAAGUUGGUACACCCUUUUGAGCUUCUCUGUUUCCAGUUAUGAAUACUUUUCUCACCGUUUGUUAUCAGUUUCUUGUUUGAGUAGGGAGUUGUAGUGAUGGUUAAAUUGCUUCUUGAAAGUAGUGUUUUAAUGUUUGGCAUGUUCCAUUCUUAGGCUCUUAUGUAAUCCCUGACAACCAACCUCUUAAAUACGAAGUGUUUUAAUGUUCCAAGCUACAAUUAAGGAAGAAAAAAAUGGCCAUUUU